UCAUUGCCGGACACGGCUCUCCCAUUUGCGCAUUUCCAUGAAAUUUGCUCACUAUCGACUUUUCAAUUUCAAAGUCAGUAUGGUCAUUCUUGUUUUAGCCUCCAAUUCAAUCACACAAAUUGCAAAGAAAAUCAAGAAACCCUGUUGUUCUAAAACUGAAAAUUCAGCUUUCAUUUCUUCCAAAGUGAAAACAUGGCUCCCUUAACUUUUCUUAUACUGUUGUUCUUCAUUAUGCCUCCUUAUUUUUUUGCAGACUCUAAAUUUUUAUACAAUGGAUUUCGUGAAGGAAAAGGAUUGUUUCUUGAUGGGGCGGCAAUUGUUAAGUCAUCUGGUGCGUUAUGCCUCACCAGCAAUUCACAAAAUGUAGUUGGCCAUGCGUUUUAUCCUGAUCCAGUUAAGUUGUUUGAUACAAACUAUCCUUCAAAUGCUUCAUCUUUCAGCACAACUUUUGUGUUUGCUAUUGAUCCUUCAAUCCCCGGCCACGGCGGCCACGGCUUGGCCUUCACCUUGGCUCCAUCAACUAAGUUUGAUGAGGCUGAAAGUGGACAUUACCUUGGAUUAUUCAACCCUCUCAACGAUGGAAAUUCAUCCAACCAUAUAUUUGCUGUCGAAUUCGACACUGUUAAGGGGCAUGGUGGAGUAAGGAAUUCUAGAGACAACCAUAUUGGGAUUAACAUCAAUGGCGUUUCAUCAGUUGCAUCUAAAUAUGCUGCUUCUAGCUAUUAUAUUGAUGAUACGUUUUGGAAAGAAAUCCAAAUUGAUUCUGGUGAUCCAAUAGUUGCUUGGAUUGAUUAUGAUGGUCGGAGUAAAAAUUUGAGCGUCACUAUAGGUCAUUUGGAGCAAAAGCCAGAGAAGCCACUCAUUAUAUAUUCUAUUGAUCUAACUUCUGUUAUGAAGAAUCAAAUGUUCGUGGGGUUUGCUGCAUCGACCGGUAUCGAAACAAGCGCUCAUUACAUUCUGGGAUGGAGCUUUGCAGUGAAUGCACCGGCACGGCAACUGAAGUACUCUCUCCUUCCCAACGUACCAAAAGAGCAAAAUCUUUCUUCUUCUUCCGAUAACAAUCCCCAGUUGAAAGCUGUUUUAGCAGUGUCAUCUAUUGUAGUCAUUAUGACAAUUGUUGUCUUAACCUUCUUGUUUAUAAGAAUGAAGAAAGCAGAGAGCUUGGAGGAUUGGGAAAAAGAUUGCCCUCAUAGAUUCAACUUCAAGGAUAUUUACACAGCAACAAAUGGAUUUAAUGACAGCGCCCAAAUUGGGAUUGGGGGAUUCGGGUCAGUAUAUAAAGGCAAGUUAAGUUCAACAGGAGCUGAGAUUGCUGUGAAGAGAGUCAGACGAGACUCAAGCCAAGGAAUGAAGGAAUUUGCAGCGGAAAUCGAAAGCUUAGGACGAUUAAGACACAAGAACUUGGUUAAUCUUCAAGGAUGGUGCAAGAAAAAGAACGAUCUUCUCAUAGUUUACGAUUAUAUUCCAAAUGGAAGUCUUUAUUCUCUUCUCCACACUCCGAAACAGAGCGUGAUAUUGAAGUGGGAACAAAGAUUCAACAUCCUCAAAGGCAUUGCCGCAGGAUUACUACAUCUACAUGAAGAUUGGGAGCAAGUAGUGAUCCACCGAGAUGUAAAGCCGAGCAAUGUUCUAAUCGACGCCGACAUGAAUGCACGAUUGAGUGAUUUCGGAUUGUCCAGGCAAUAUGACCACAACGAAAUGUCACACACAACUCGAGUCGUAGGGACAAUAGGCUACAUACCGCCAGAGUUGUUUCGCACGGGGAAGGCGUCGAAGAGCGCGGAUGUGUUUGCAUAUGGAGUUUUGCUUCUGGAAGUCGCGUGUGGAAGAAAGCCUCUAGGAUCAAACCAAUUCAUAUUGGUGGAUUGGGUGAUGGAACGGUAUGAAACAGGGGACAUUCUUCAUGUGGCUGACCCAAAAUUGAAUUCGAUUUAUAAGGUAGAAGAGAUGGAGAUGGUAUUACAACUUGGGCUUCUAUGUACUCAUUGGAAACAAGAAGCUCGACCCUCAAUGAAACAAGUUAUGAGGUUCCUUAAUGGAGAAGACCCACUUCCAGCAUUCGAUGCAUGGACUAAUUCUCAAAGUAUCUUUGGAUCCAGUUCAAGAUUGACAAUGACUGAUCGUUCUUCGUCCCUGUUUGUCGGUCCGAUCUCCUCUGCCUCCAUAAAUGCAGGAAGAUAAAAUAUACGAUAUGAGCCAGCAGAUGCACGAGAACAUCUCCACUAGGUGGAUGCCUCCGUAGCAUCGUCAUCAUUCUCACUUCAUUGUAUUAAAUAAGGAGGAAACAAC